ACUGAGGAUCAACUUGAACGAGUGUUCUCACCCUUCGGCAAAAUUGCUCAUAUCUCCCUCGUUUGCGAUAAUCGUGGUCUAAGCAGAGGGUUUGGCUUCAUCCGAUUCGAACGUCCAGAAGAUGCAGAUGCUGCCUGUUCCAGUCUCAAUCAGCAGGUCUUUGAGGGCCGUCGUAUGGUCGUCAGCAAGCAGACCGUCAAACCAUCUCGUCGAACUAUCCCCGAUAUUACGACAAUGGGCGAACCGACGAGGACGCUGUUUAUCGGGAACAUGUCGUUUGAGAUGUCGGACAAGGAUCUCAAUGACCUGUUCAGAGACGUUCGCAACGUACUUGAUGUCCGCGUCGCAGUCGACCGGCGGACUGGCCAACCCAGAGGUUUCGCACAUGCUGACUUUACUGAUGCUGAAAGUGCUAAACAGGCGGCUGAGUUGCUUGCAGGCAAGAGCGUUUAUGGCCGUCAGCUACGCGUUGAUUUCUCCCGGCCAAGCUCACAGAACCGCCAGGUCUGAAUAUGAGCUUUGAAUGUUUAUCCAGUCUCAGUUUGAGUCCGAAGGAUAUGUCCAAGGGUCUAGGACUGGGUUAAUUGUACUGAUAGCGUUACCUUGUGUUUUCUGGGACAUCAGGCAUAUUUUGUCACUUCUUGCUCUCAGUAUCAUCAAACAUUCCUUCUUGUAAAGUACCGGUUCAAUGUACCAUAGAUUGACGAUUCCGUCCCUGGCAAAUAUGACAGGACUGGCAUGCACAUAAUACAUAUCGAAGCCUCUACUCCAACGCGGGUCGACUAUGU